GAUAAGCUAAAAAAAAAUUAAUAUUAAAAAUCAUUAUUCUUCUUCUUCUUCUUUUUAUUAUUAUUACUAUUAUAUAUCUAUAUCUUUUUAUUUUUAUGGAAAGUCACCCAAUCUUAACAGCGCAUCUUCUUUUAGAAGGUGCUGUUAUUGGUCUAUCAGUUGAACUCUUCUUUCGUGCUUUAUUUUCAAACAAACAACGGUGUCUUGUACGUUGUUUAAAGAUGAUCAUGUCAGCCUUUAUGGCGAUCAAAAGUACAAUAUUUUCAUCAAAUAUAAACAUAAAAUACUGUGGAAUAGUUGAAAGAGUAGGAGAAGCAUUUUAUCACGUAGGCUGCAUAGCUGGCUUCAUUAUUUUAUUAUUACGACUAGAAGCAAUUAUAUCAAUUCAGCACCGAUCCAUGUUUCGGAUAUUUCAUGUAAUUUUGAUUCUAAUUCGAAUUAUUGCAAGUAUCUUGGAUCUUAUUUAUUUGAGAGUUUGGGUAGGGAAGACCUGUGAUUGCUGUGAGUUAUCAGUUGCACGUGAAUUGGGCGUCUUUUAUGCUUUAUUCGAUGCCUUAUUAGACGGUUAUGUCAGUUUUAUGAUUACAUUUAUACUUUGCCGUCAUAUUCGAGAACUAAAUGUAGAAAGAGUACAAGGCAAUGUGAAUCUUUAUAUUUCAGUAGUUCUAUCAAACGUUAUACGUACAGUCGUUUUAACAAUAGUUAGUAUUGCUUGUGCUGUAUACUAUCUUUCGACCUAUAGGGAUCCGAUAUUGCCAUUGAUUAUUUGGCCAGUUACAAAUGUAUUUUUUAUACUUUUGAUAGGAUAUGAUACGAAUAUAACUAACGCACUCAAAAGUGUGAGAUCACAAUUUCUUGGCUUACCACAAACUAAUUCAAGUUUAAGCAAUGUUAUUUCUCAACAACAGUCGAAUAUGAUGAAAAAUAAAAAUAAUCCAGUCUUUCGGAGGUUAUCAGCCAAUAUGUCUUCUUCAAUAAUAGACGGUUUACCUGUAACGUAAGUCAUUAGAUAAGAAUUAUUGCUGCAUCUACCCUAUUCAGGUCAAUAGGAAGAAUGCCCUUUCAUACCCCCCUUUUUUAAAGGAGUCAAUUUAAAUUAUGUAAUAUACCCUUCUCCUUUUACCAUAUAUAGUUUAUUUCUCCUUUUAAAAAUAAAUAUGUAAUACUACUAUUGAUUUAAG